UCACCCUCUUAGCUCGCCGCUCUUAGCGGGCGCUUCGAGGGAGAAAGAGCCUGAUUGGUUCGCGCUGGCCGUGACGCGGGAGCUUUUCUUGGCCGAAGAGGAGGCGCCUUCUUCGGCGUCGGGUCCUACGCGAGGCCCCGGCUUUGAGGCCUGCACGGAAGGACUGGGAGGCCUUCGCCGCGCGGGGAAGAGGUAAAACGCCAGACUUGAGUGGCUUCGGAGUACGAAAAGGAAUCCAGCCUGAGAGACGGCUGUCGCUCGGUUUUUUUGAAGGGUGUGCGAGAAAGCGGUUAACCGGAGAACCGGGUUUGCUUGCCUGCUCCGCCUCGUGACAAAUAAUCGCAGCCUCAUUUCGAAAGGAAAAGGGAGAAAAAACGGUUAAUUUUAAACAUCGGGUCCCUCUGAUGGGCUUUUUUUUGCGGGCAGUAGCGUGUGUUCCUGAGCAUGUGCAGAGCGCCUCUCAGUCAGCAAUUAGAAACAUCGGAAGCCGCCGUAUACUCAGUCAUAACUUUGGGUCCAUCUAGCUUAGUAUUGCCAGUACGGACUGGCAGCAGCUCUCUGGGGUUUCAGGCAGGGAGUCUCUUAUUUUUAUUUAUGCUUUUCAGGGUUAUACAUUUUCACUAAUUUUACAUUCAUUUUAACAUUUUAAAACUUGACUUCCUGCCCCCUCUUUCUACGGCUCCUUAAAUUUAUUUUGAAUAUCUUCUGCAUAUCCUAAUUAACUUAAUUUGCUCAUUUAUUCAUCUACUUUAAAUAUAUACUCUUAUAAAACUGCAGGUUACAACAGUGCUGCCAACGUUCUUCACUGUUUACAAUUUAUCUGUAAAUAUUCAAUAAGCCGUUUCCAUUCUUUUAUAAAAAGUAUGUUAUCUUGGUUUCUUAUUCUUCUGGUAAGUUUUGCCAUUUCUGAAUAUUCCAUAAGUUUUUGUAUCCAUUCUUCCUUUGCUGGGACUUCUACUUCUUUCCAUUUGUGGGCAAGUAACAUUCUUGCCAACCUAGCAGUUUGAAAGCACGUCAAAGUGCAAGUAGAUAAAUAGGUACCACUCUGGCGGGAAGGAAAAUGGCGUUUCCGUGUGCUGCUCUGGUUUGCCAGAAGCGGCUUAGUCCUGCUGGCCACAUGACCCGGAAAAGCUGUACGCCAGCUCCCUCGGCCAAUAAAGCGAGAUGAGCGCCGCAACCCCAGAGUCAGCCAUGACUGGACCUAAUGGUCAGGGGUCCUUUACCUUUACCUAACAUUCUUGCUGCUGUAGUUGCAAAGGCAGGGGAUCUUUUAACAGCCCUGAUGGGGAUGCCGGGAAUUGAACUUGGGGCUUUCUGCAUGCAAAACUGAUGCUAUACUAAUGAGCUAGCAACAGUAGGAACAUUAAUAAAUAAGAACAUAGGAAGCUUCCUGAUACUCAGAACUUUGGAUCCAUUUAGCUCCAUAUUGCUUGCACUGCCUGGCAGCAGCUGUCCAGAGUUUCAGGCAGGGGAUCUUCCCCAGCCUUGCUUGGAGAUGCCGGCCCUUGAACUUGGGACCUUCUGCAUGCAAAAUUGGUGCUCUAUAUCACUGGCCCUUCCUAAGAACGUAAAGGUAAAGGGACCCCUGACCAUUAGGUCCAGUUGUGGCAGACUCUGGGGUUGCGGCGCUCAUCUUGCUUUACUGGCCGAAGGAGCUGGCGUACAGCUUCCGGGUCAUGUGGCCAGCAUGACUAAGCCGCUUCUGGCGAUCCAGAGCAUCGCAUGGAAACACUAGUUACCUUCCCGCUGGAGUGGUACCUAUUUAUCUACUUGUACUGCAUGCUUUCCAACUCCUAGGUUGGCAGGAGCAGGGACCGAGCAACGGGAACUCACCCCGUCGCGGGGAUUCAAACCGCCAACCUUCUAAUCGGCAAGUCCUAGGCUCUGUGGUUUAACCCACAGCGCCACCCGCGUCCCUCCUAAGAACAUAGGAAGUUGCUUUUUACAGAAUUGAACUAUCAGUUUAUCUACACCAGGGGUUGGCAAGGUUUACUGUCCAUGGGCCGGAUCACUCCCAUGGAGAUCGUCUGUGGGCUGGACUGUUGCAGCGUGAUGCUGGAAAUCGCUUCUGCGCAUGCCCAGACGCCGGAAAUUGUGCCUGCGCAGAAGCUAUUUUUGGUGUCUGGACAUUUGCAGUCACGAUUUCCGGUAUCUACAUGUGCACCAGGGCUGGGGCAUCUGUGGUUUGGACUCCCAGCUGCCAUGAGUUCCAGCCAUUAUAGGCAGUGGCCAGGAAUCAUGGGAGUUGUAGUCCAGUAUCCUGAGGACUGUAGGUUCCCCUCUCCUGGUCUGCCCCGCAGAGGACUUUAAGGUCCAUGAAUGAUCACAGUUUAGAGGUCCCAGGCCCUAAGGAAGUCAGAUUAUCCUCCACCAGGGCAGGGCCUUCUCAGUGACAGCUCCGACCUGGUGGAAUGCUCUGUCCCAUGAGACCAUGGCCCUGCAGGAUUUAACUUCCUUCUGCAGGGCCUGUAAGAUAGAGCUAUUCCGCCUGGCUUUCAAUUUGAACUUAGCCUGAUCUUUUAUUCCCCUUCCUUCCCCUCCCCUUUUUAUGAAGAUUACCCGCUCUGGGAUCCCACAGCUAAUUCUCCCCUGGUCUCCUCGCUGGCCCAAAUAGGACUGAUUUAGCCAGCUAGCCCUGGUGAUCAUCUAAUGUUUAUUGGAUGGAUUUCCCCCCUAAAUUGAUUUUUGAAUUCUGAAUUUAUUGUUCUUCACGUUUCAUACUGUAUUUUAUGCUGUUUUUUGUUGCAUCAAUUAGGUGUUUUAAAUUUGUUGUUAGCCGCCCUGAGCCCGGUUUUCUGAGCUGGGAAGGGCGGGGUAUACUGUAAAAAAAAUAAAAUAAAAAAUUAUUAUUAUCUCUGGGCAACUCUUAUUGGUAGCAGCACGCCUGGAUUUCAUUCUCGGCCCUUCCUAGAGAUUUCAGGGAUUGAACCUGGAGCCUUCUCGGUGCAAAACUGAUUCUGCACCACUGAGCUAUGACCAUUCCCAAAUAGGAAUGGAUGAAAGUUAAGGAAAGGCCAUUCCAGCUGAACAUCAGGAAGAACUUUUCUGACAUUAAGAACUGUUUGACAGUGGAACAGUUGGAGGUUGUAUACUCAGGCUAUUGUGCACCAGGGCAAGACCUCAAGGGCACCACUGGCAACUCUUGAGUAAAAUGAUAAUAUGAUUUGUUCCUUCUCAUCCUCUCUGACUCCUAGCUCUGAGCUCGAAAGAAAAUGUCGCUUUAUGAUGAUUUGGGAGUGGAGACCAGUGAUACGAAAACAGAAGGCUGGUCCAAAAACUUCAAACUUCUGCAGUCUCAGUUGCAAGUGAAGAAGGCAGCUCUCACCCAGGCAAAGGUACAGUGAAGACUCUUAGAAAUACACAUGUCCUAACCUUGACGAAAAUUAAAAGCUGCUUCAAAGUGCUUUUGAAGUGCAUAGCUUAUGGAAUAAUGUAAAAAUUAGCUAGCCACUGAAUUGGAGCCCAGAAAUGAUAAUUGAAAACAGGAAUUCAAGCUCUUGGGUUUUUAGAUCCUGACCCUAGAGUGUUCUGCCUUAAAUAAACUGGAAAGGUUCCAUUUCGCUUCUCAGCAUCUUCAUCUGAAAUUGAUAGCUUGCAUCAUCAUUCAGUCUCCGGGGGCUGUUGAAUGAAUCGUGUGCAUUAUGAUCCUAAUACCUUGAGGCAGACCAAAUUACUGUAAUUUGCAAUGUUACAUCACCUUCAUCUUGUUUCCUGUAUUUGAAAAUCAGGCUUGAAUAGGACAAGGGCAUCUCCCAGAAUUCGGAUUCUGCUAAAACCUGAGCACAUGUUCUGGGCAUUUUCCCAUCCAUCUAUUAUCCACUUUGGUUUUGGAGAGCGGUAUUCUUUUUUUACUUUGCAAUUUUUGGGGUGUGACAAGCCUUCCUCCGCCCCGCAAACAAAUUGCUUAAUGAUCUAGGGUGGAAAGGAACACGGGACAUUUUGCAGAACAGCAACAUUUCUGGUGCUGAGUGAAGUGUCUGCUUGUGAUGUUCUUACUUAGCCAGUGUGGCGUAGUGGUUAAGAGCGGUAGUCACGUAAUCUGGGGAACCCGGUUCGCGUCUCCGCUCCUCCACAUGCAGCUGCUGGGUGACCUUGGGCUAGUCACACUUCUCUGAAGUCUCUCAGCCCCACUCACCUCACAGGGUGUUUGUUGUGGGGGAGGAAGGGAAAGGAGAUUGUUAGCCGCUUUGAGACUCCUGAAGGGGAGUGAAAGGCGGGAUAUCAAAUCCAAACUCUUCUCUUCUUCUUCUUCUUACUUUAGAGUCAGCGAACAAAGCAAAGCACGGUUCUUGCUCCCGUGAUUGACCUGAAGCGAGGCAGUGCAUCUGAUGAGCGACAAAUUGUAGACACCCCUCCUCACGUGGCAGCUGGCCUGAAGGUAAGACUGGAGCUGCUCCGAGGCAAACUGGUCUUUUUUGGGCGGGGGCUUAUAUAGUGGAGUCCUAAAUGCAGAAAAUGGCCAGCCAGGAAACUGUGAGACACUUUCAUCGUGAUGGUUUCUAAAAUGGAUCCGUGCAAUAAAGGUGUUAAGUGAUAGGGAUCUUUAAAUGACCUUUUAUGAGACUAGUGCUGUCACACUUUUGCAAACACGUUAAUGUGAUAAUGCCUUAAUGUUUUUAAAUCUUAAGUCUCUCGAAGACCUUUUAGGUAACAAGUGACUAGUAAGUAUAAAUAAUAAGUACAGUAAUAAUAAUACUGAUUAUAAUAAUAAUAAUAACGUGUUAUCUGAAUACAUUCAGUGGUACUCAACCUUGGGCCCCCAGAUGGCCUACAACUCCCAUGAUCCCUAGCUCACAGGACCAGUGGUCAGGGAUGAUGGGAGUUGUAGGCCAAAAAUAUCUGGGGACCCAAGGUUGAGAAAGGCUGUAAGAUUAUUGGUUUGUACCAAUUUGUGCAAAACACUCAACAACAGUAACUAAGGGAGGAUCAACCAGUAAAGUUGCAUUAACAGAGUUGGGGGAAAUGAAUGUUAGCAGGAACAGUGGCUUGCAGAGAGCUGCAACAGAGGGUGUUCCAGUCAACAGUGUAAAUUUUAAGCUAGGUCCCCAGAUGCGUACAAAGGGGGCCUUUGACAAAUUGCCUAACGGUGUGUGUUGCCUGAUGAGGCUCCAAGGAAAGUGUUUCACAGCCUUCGUACCAUCUCUGAGUAGCACUGUUUCUAAGUAGCUGCCAUAUUAUUCUCCCAAAGGCAUAAUAUUUGGGUACUCUUGCAGAGAUCUCCUCUGCUGCUGGGGAGCGCAAGUGGGGAGGGCGCUGUUGUGCUCAGGUCCCAGUUGCAGAAUUCCUGUGGACAUUGGUUGUCCACUAUGAAAACAGGAUGUUGGGCUAGAGGGCCUUUGGCUUGUUCUGGCAGUGCUCUUCUGAUGUUCUUGAUGGAGAUAGGUUGAGGUUCAUAAGGGAGUGGAUGCUCUUGAAGGAGUGUUUGCCUGGUCCUUUCACUGCUUACAGACAAGAGCAAGCACCAUGAAAUGAAACCAGAAGCAAACUGAAAAAGCAGCGCAGUUUGGGUGGGCAAAAUACCGUAUUUUUCGCUCUAUAAGAUGCACACGGCCAUAAGAUGCACCUAGUUUUAGAGGAGGAGAACAAGAAAAAAAAUAUUCUCUCCCUCUCUGCGCAGCGCCCCUUCAGCGAAGCGGCAGGAGAAACGGAGCCCCUGCCGUUUCUCCUCCUGCUUUGCUGAAGGGGCGCUGCGCAGAGAGGGAAAGCUGCGCAGCGCCUCUCCAGCAAAGCGAAGCCAGGAGAGCAAGAGGGAUCGGUGCGCACUGAUCCCUCUUGCUCUCCUGGCUUCAGGGAUAGCCGCCUGAAGCCUCUGGAGUGCAGCGGAGGCUUCGUUUUGCUUUCGCUGAAGCCAUGGAGCCUGCAUUUGCUCCAUAAGACGCACAUACAUUUCCCCUUCCUUUUUAGAAGGAGAAAAGUGCGUCUUAUAGAGCGAAAAAUACGGUAAAUACAAUACGGGCAAUAGGACCCAAAGGGCGAUGGGUGCUUUUAUCAGACAGGAUUACUGCUUUGGAAAGGGUCGAGCAGACAGUUUUCGUGCAGACUCAGUGCAUCCAGGUCCAACCCCAACUCCUCUGGGCGCCGUAAGUGGAAUGCAGAUCUUGGCCUCAUCCCGAUUGCAGAUAAGCAUAAGGGCAGCUGUUGACAUUGGUUUUGGGGGAGGUUGUUUUUCUGUAUGUUGGGUUUCGAGAGGAAAUAUUUGGGAAAUACUUUGAAAGUGAAAUCGGCGGCAUUCGAGGAGGCCUCUUGGCUGUUGCAAUUUCGUUGGCUAGCUUUCAUCAGCGCUUCUCCCCCUUCCAACCCCAGGACCCCGUCCCCAGUGGCUUUUCUGCAGGAGAUGUCUUGAUUCCUUUGGCUGAUGAGUAUGACCCCAUGUUUCCCAACGAUUACGAGAAAGUAGUAAAACGCCAGCGGGAAGAACGGCAAAGGCAGCGUGAGCUGGAGAGGCAGAAAGAGAUUGAAGAAAGGGAGAAGUAAGUCGUCUGGGCCGUAAACCAUCCACCUACAUGCUUGUCUUAGCCAUUUUGAUGGUGUCAAAGUCUUUACGAGCUGAAUAAUUUUGUAAGACAUCAGGUCAGCUGAUAAUAUUUUUCACCUUGUAAAUCCUUAAUUAAACCUGUGAUACAGUUAAAUCACUUGUAUGGGCACGUUCGCUACAGGAUAUCAUAGGCUCUCAGGUCCUAUUUGUAUGAGGAUGUUGGAUAUCAGUGCACCCAAGUUUUCACCUUUCAGAAUAAUUUUCCUUGGCAUUUGAGAUCAAUGUACAGUAAACCAGUAUUGAUUUAUUUCUGUGUGAAUGGUAUCUGGACUUGCCAAAGAGCUGCUUCAAAUUGUAAACACUUGGACAGAAAGAAGUAACCCAUCAUUAAUUAGUUUAGUCCUUUAGGGGGGAAAUCAGUUUGUGCCCAGAGUUUGGAUAGAAAGGAAUUACUCUAAUAAAACUGGUAGAGAUGGAUUCCGUAGGAACUAUGCCAACCCUUGCAGCAAAAGAAAAACAGAUAGUACCUCUGAAAUGCAUCUGUAAACAUCUGUAUUUCGUAAUUGUUGUAGGCAAAACACACCCUGCAUUGCGAAGUGUGCUCUGUGGGUUCCCUGCACCUGAGGAUUGUCAUCUUAAUUUCUGUUUUAAUUUCAAGGAGGCGCAAAGACAGGCAUGAGGCGAGUGGAUUUUCAAGGCGGCCGGAUCCAGAUUCUGACGAAGAUGAAGAUUACGAAAGAGAGAGGCGGAAAAGAAGUAAGGAAAUCCUAGUCGCGGAGCACGGCCUUGGUUGGACACUGGAAUCUCAGUUAGAAGUGAUGGGUUCUUCCCCUUGCCUGGAGACCAGUGUCGGUGCCCAUCAGGUUGUGGCAUCUUCUGGGGGCCUCUUGGCGCUGCCAGCCUCCUUGUCAUGUGUGGUCACCUUUGAAGCAGCCUACCCAGGGGCAGCAAGCCAUUAUGGUGAUGCCCCUAGAUAAGUUCUCUGGUGGGCACAAAGAGCUCCCUGCAGCCCUUGAGAGCAGACUUUUUUUGGUGGCAGCACUGUAGCAAACUGCUGCUGCCACCUGGUUAAGUCUGCUCAUGAGUGAGUGCAAGAGAGGGUACGCAGUGGUGCCAAGCAAGGAGCUGGUUAGUGCUUAAGGACUUGCUGAGAACAGAAAGUUCAGGGUCUAUCAAAAGCUGGAGCUGCUUUUCUGCAUCAAUUGUGGCUGCUGAUUUAUCUCUAUUUUGUAUAGCAAGGGUGGCUUCUCUCCCACCCAGACCAGACAACCCCAUUAUGUCCUUAAUGCUAUCAGUGUUGCAGCCCUCCCCUCCACAACACAACACAACACAACACAACACAACAACACAACACACACAAUGGGGUUUGGUGGUGGGGGAGAGGCAGGAAUGGUCUUUUUCUCUCUCCCAGUAAAAAUCCUUUGUAGCGUCCCAGUGCUUAAAUGACAAGACGUUCCAUAGAUUUUGGCGAUGACUUUGAAGGUCAUGGCUUGGGGAAGUCUUCCAUGUAGCCUUGGUUCUGAAUCUGUAAAAGGGAAAUGGCAGUGAGACUGGUUGCGGGGUUUAAAGCAAUCCCGGAUUUCUGAGCGUGCCAUUUAAAUUAUCGCCGACAUUGAAGAGGCAGCAAUGGAGAAGUGGCAAAGUAGGGGACCACCUAGACAUUUCCAACUAUUGAAGUUUUCUUCAAAUUUACUCCGUAACUCCAGGUAUAGGGCGGUAUAUAAAUUCAAUAAAUAAUAAUAAUAAUAAUUUUAAGUUGCCAGCUUUAGUUGGGCUUCCUUCCUUUUGGGAACUGGAAAUAAAUAACUUUGUAAUGGAGAUCUUGCAGGACACAGUUCCCAAUUGUAGAGGGCUUUAUUGCUUGAAGAAAUACGCUCUCUUAUGCUUCUCAGCAUCGUGUCAUCUCUCUGAGCUGCACUUUUAAUUCCCUGGCUGACUUUGAGCCAUGUUAAUCUCACCAAACCUCUGGCUCUAUUCCUCCCAUUAUCCUCUCUUCUUUUGCUGUUGUGCAAGAACCCAUUUCCACUGGGAUCGGUGUUGGCAGAUGCACAGGACAGGUGACUGGUCGCAGAAUAUAAGGAGGCCUUUAUUGUGCCCCAAUUAACAAAGCAAAAUCACCCUGGCGGUUUCUUGCUGGGUUUCUUAUUUCUGGCAUGGAACAAGCUGUGCCAGACCUUGGGGUCUGAAGCCUCUAAAAGGCAGCUCUGUGUUUUUCUCACACACAUUUUGAGGAAAGGGACAUCUGGUGGAGUCAUUUCAAAGACCCUGGGCUUAACCUUUUAGGAGCCAGGAGUGGCAGAAACCAGCGACAAAGUGAUAGAACAGCUACACACCUCUCUGAUACCCCAACCCCUUCAUAUCAGCGGCAGUGUGUCAUCGAAGUUUUCAUUCUUUUGGUUGAUUGUAGCCUGGGGUUUACCAAGGCAACUCAGUGUUGGGAUGUAGUCCAGGAUUUGCUGAGCUUUGGGGAUGCUUUCUGGCUCCAGGUGCCUUCCUAGGCAUUGAUGCUUUUAUCACUGAAGUUGAGUGCAUUGAACUAAUAAUUAUAAUAAUUUAUAAUAAUUUAUUAUUUAUACCCCGCCCUCCCCAGCCAAGACUGGGCUCAGGGCAGCUAACACCAGGUAUAAAAACAAUUGAUUAAAAGACAACUUAAAAACAAGAUUAAAGUACAACAUUAAAAUGCAGCCUCAUUUCAGUAGAAACUCAAAUCAAAAACUUUUUGGGGAUGAAAACGUCAAAUCUUCACCAAGGCCAACUAUCCAGACUGGUCCUACGUGGGCCAGAAAAAAGCCAGGGAAGUCCCCAAAUAAGAGUUCCAUCACAGAAGGAGAAAGGAAAGAGGGGGAGUGGAUCAAGCUAUGCAUAUGCGGUGUAAUAUCUCUUUAUCCCAUCUGCGCACACGCCUAGCCUGUUGAACUUCCAGAAGGACAGUUACGUUGAGUCCAUUGCAGCAAAACCAAGGAAGAGUCUCUGAUUCUUGUGACACCUAUUAAGUCUUACAGAUUCCUGCAUUCUUUUUCAUGCAAUUGUUUCCUUUCACAGGUAUGGGAGGAGCUGCCAUUGCACCACCUACUUCUUUGGUUGAGAGGGACAAAGAACGUAUGUUUAAAUUAUUAUUAUUAUUUUUCUUUGAAGUUGCUAAUGCCAUGGCUUUCAAAAAUGUCUUGCCUUCAGCGGAUGCUUUCCAGGGACACCCGGCUGCUGUGGAUGUCUGCCACAAAACCCUGGGCACUGCAGAUGAUAUGAGGACAUGCUCUAGGGAUGCUCACUUGGUUUCUGCAGGGCCCUGGACCAGCCUCUUGGGCCUCGCCAUCACCUUGUGCAAACUGAAAUUUAUUCUUCGCAGGCUGCAAGCCUGUGUCUGAGUUGUAGCCUUUUGGGCUGUUUGGAAGGGGUGUUCACGUCAAUGAAUUCUCCCUGCCAAAAUGAAAAUAAUCCCCACGCACAGAAUGCUAGCAUGUCAGGAAGAACGCUAGGCUAGAAAGACAUCUUCUCCAUGACGUGUUAGGUUUUUGCAUGUGUAGGAAUCUCUUUUUUGGAGUUGGAGGGAGAGCAUUCAUUUUACGACAGCUUCCUUCCACCCCAACUCAUAGUCCAAAACGGUACAGUUGAGACAGUUUACCAUAGCUGCUGUCUGUAAGAACUAGGUUCUAGUGAUUAGUCUGCUGUGGCAGCAGAAGAGUGAAAGGGUUGGAGAGACCUGUCAGGAAUAAGCAUGGACCAAUGGUACUAAAUAGUAUGGGAAACAGCCUUACUAGAAAAAUUAACCGAUAAACUGAAACUGACACGGGGACAAAUAGAAGAAGACACCUUUACCCCGGUAUGGCUCCUCUUUAUCACAUACACAUCCCAACAAGACAUUGACAAAAAUCCACCAACAACAUACAAAUCAAUAUGGCUAACCUGAUCCAAAACACCCACCCACCCCACUCACACAUGAAAACAAAGACCACCACAGCCAACCACAAAUGAACAGCCACACCCUCGACCAACCCCAACCUCUCUCACCACCAAAGGAACACAAGUGAACUGCAGAGAACCUGCACAAGCAACGCUGACACAAAACCCCACAUAUAUUAAGUAUAAUAGAAACAUCGCCACCCGACCCCCACUCAUCUUUCCCCCUAGCGGGCAAGAUAACGGAGAUGUGGGAGCUGGAACUUACAAGGCUGUUCAGUUAUCUGUGCAAGCGAGUCAGGAAACGCACGCCAGCCAUAGUGGAAAUGCAUGGUUUUUUGUGGUUUUUCGGCUUAAUGUUGAACGUCCCACUUCGCUUCCAGCUGUAUCGUCGUCAUUCCCGUAUGAAGAAGAGCCCAGGCCUCGCGGUUCAUCAUCAUCCAAAGCAGCCAUUCCUCCCCCGAUGUACGAUGAGCCCGAGAGGCCUCGAUCCCCGACAGGACCCAGCAAUUCCUUCCUUGCUAACAUGGGGUGAGCGAAUGCAACCAUUUCAGGCACUUCCUACAAAAUGCCAGGAGGGGGCAGUGGUGGCCAGUACUGGGGAGCAACCCUGCAACUUCUGCAUGCGCUAUGGCAUGUAAAUUGACAAGCACCUUCUAAUAACUCCAGUUUUGCUGUUGAGGUCAAGCCCAAUGUCCUAGAGGUGGAACUACAGUUCCCAGUAGCAGCUCCGGGUCUCCCCUUUUCUCAAGCGAAGCUCUCUACAGUGGUACCUUGGGUUAAGUACUUAAUUUGUUCUGGAGGUCCGUUCUUAACCUGAAACUGUUCUUAACCUGAAGCACCACUUUAUCUAAUGGGGCCUCCUGCUCUUGCUGCGCCACCGCCACGCGAUUUCUGUUCUCAUCCUGAAGCAAAGUUCUUAACCCAAGGUAAUAUUUCUGGGUUAGCGGAGUCUAUAACCUGAAGCGUCUGUAACCUGAAGCAUCUGUAACCCGAGGUACCACUGUAUUGACGGAGGGUGAGUGGCUGCGCAACGGCCACAUAAAGCAGGGAGACAGUUUGGGGAUUCUGCAUGCGGCCCACAUGCUGUCUGCCGCUGAUUUCAAUUAAUUUGGCAUCUUGCAACAUGAUCCCCUCCUGUGUGCUGCACCCGCCGGGCAGCUGCCUAAAAGACUGUCUCCUACUUUCACGUCGUACUCUUUUGAUGGCCUAAGACAGGGGUCAGCAAACUGUUUCAGCAGGGGGCCAGUCCACUGUCCCUCAGACCUUGUGGGGGGCCGGACUUUAUUUUUUUGGGGGGGGGGAAUGAUGCAAGAGCACCACGAGACCCGGUGGCUGCUUACCUGUGUCUUGCAAGUGGCAGGGGCUGGCGGUGGUGGUGGCGGAGGGACGAUGAGCAGCGUGCAAAAGGGCUCUGGAGAGGGGCUGCUUAAAAUGGCGCCCGCUCGAGGGCUGCUGCUGCUGGCACCAACAAAGCCCAGCCCCCUUCCUCCUCUAGGCAGGGCAGGGAGAAGCCAGGAGGGAGGAGGCGCUGCUGCUGUGUGAGGGAGAGGGAAAGAACGUGCGCGCUGGCGAUCCACACGGCGAUUCCAGGACUGUCCACAGGCCGGAUCCAGAAGGCAAUUGGGCCUGAUCUGGCCCACGGGCCUUAGUUUGCUGACCCAUGGCCUAAGAUAACUGAAUUCAGCUCCUGACCUCAAAGAGGCGCAGGUUUCUUUAGAGACCUGACAUUGACUUUAGCCGCCAGAGCUCCGUGCGGGCUGCAGUUCCAUAAAACUACACAGGAAUAGCUCAGGACAAGUGCAAGCUGCAACGAAAUCUUGCACUGUGUCCCUCGCAUGCAUGUUGAUUCUUCUCCUCUGCUACAAGACCUGGGGAACUGUCUUCAUAGGCUGUAUAUGCACUUACUCCUUCCCCUCCCUGGUGCACAAGAUCAUGCAUGCACUUGUUGCUUUACUGUUCGGGAGCGGGGAUGUUGCCCCCUUUUGUAGGGUUGUAAUUUAUACUUGUGGAUAUCGUGGGCUCCGUCCUCCUGCCUGCAAUGUGCUUGAAUCUUCCUGUAAGGCACAGAUGACCCUGCUAUUCCUACCAAGUCAUUGGCACUAGUUCAGCUUUGAGGAGAUGGGUGACAUCAGGCAUGGAGUUCAGCUUCCUGACUUGCUGAAAAUCUAAUGCUGGUUUUACGAUGUGGCAGGGAUAGAGUCCCAAGGCAGUAGAAUAUACUGUCCCCUUUCAGAUUGCAAGUGGGGGCUCACAGAGCUCCCCAGAGAGAAAUAUCUUUCCAGCUAACAAACUGACAUAGCAAAUAGGUUCUGUUUUACAGCUUUCUCUCCGAUCUGCUGUUCUAUAAUAAUAAUAAUGAUAAUAAUAAUUGCACAGAGCAUUUUCUUCAAGGAUUCAUUCAGAAAUGGAUUACCUUUGCCUGCAGUCUGAAAUGAUAAAAUUCAUUCUGCUCUCUUAUUCUGUUUCGUGUAUAACUUCAUUAAAUAAAUAAAUAAAUUGAAUCUCCUAGUCAUUACAGAUUCAAAUAUACUUGAAAUCACCUGGGUGAUGCUUCAGGAAAAACAAGGAAUGGCCAAUUAAGAUCGUCAGUGUUCUAUAUACUUCCUUUCCCUUUCUUGUGAUUAUAAUAAACCAUGCAAAAUGUUUAAACAAUAGAGAAUAAAUUAUGAAAAAAAAGAACAACAUUAUGAAAACUUGUUUAAUGAACAGUUAGCUUGGAAAUACGUUUCCCUUUGGACAGUCUAUCACUGAUGAUGAUACAGUUUUGCUUGCCACCCUAGUUUAGUGAACAACUGUAGCUUGCUUGCGAUAUUUCAGAAAAGUAGCUGAAUCUUGCUUAUUCUCUGGGUGUCUUCAUUUUGCUAAACACUUCUAGAUAAAUCUCAGGGGCUGCUGUGCCAGUUAACAUUUUAGCAUUUAAUGCUGCAAAUGAUCAUCUGAUCCAGCCCCUGCCAAACACAUCCAUUCUAUCGCCUGGUUUGCACAUAACGCUAAGUUGAAAUGUGGCUUAGCAGGAAUGAGCAAACAUAUGGUCUCCCAGAGAGGAGAUCGUUGCUGCUUUGCUGCUCCUUGGUAACUUCGUUAGCUCCUUGCACCUAGCCAAGUUACAGUUUGGCUUAGCGUUUGAACCCAGGCUCAUGGCUUAGCUCCCGCCUGAAAAACCACAAAGUGUAACCAAGGUUUGCUCUAAGGUUUGUAGCCGGUGGUGUGUCUGGCAGAGCUAAACCACAAGCCCAGGUUCAGAAGACUUGCUAAGCCAAAACAUUGUUCAGCUCCUCAUAGCGACAAAGCGGCCACAGCGUCCUCAUUUGCAGCUGUACGUUUGCUCCUCCGUGCCAAGCCAAGGUUUAGUGCUGCAAACGAGAGCUGUCUGAUUUCCCAAGUGGUUGCCCAUUCAACCCUGUUUCUGUUUCAUCUCCAGAGGCACAGUGGCGCACAAGAUCAUGCAGAAAUACGGCUUCCGAGAGGGCCAGGGUCUCGGGAAGCACGAGCAGGGCUUGAGCACGGCGCUGUCGGUGGAGAAAACCAGCAAGAGAGGUGGCAAAAUCAUUGUCGGCGAUGCUGCUGAUAAAGGUAAUUUGGGGAGACUUCUCUGGAGUAGGGAAUAACAAUGUUGACAGGUGGGCAGCGGUGCUGAGGCAGAAAGGUGGGGUGACCUCAUACCGCACGGACCAAGUGCUGAUCAUCAGGGGAAACUUAAUAAUUAACUGCCCUCUUGGUUUCCGUUCCUUUAAUCAGCCUUGCAUUCCCCUUUGUGUCCACCUGUAACAGGCUUAACUGAGGCUUAUCUGCUUAAGCCUUUUCUUAAAGAUCAGGUUAGUUCCUUGCUCUUGGGUGAUUAUUUGCCCCCUCGGGACUUCAGAAGUGCUGCAAAGCCUUUGGUCUGACAAAUGGAAAAGUUGUGUUGCCAUCAAUCUGCAGUGGUAUGCUCUGCCUUGUCCUUUUCCCUCUGGGCCAGGAGCUCUCCAGUAGGAGUUACUGCUUCAUACAGGCCCCAUAGAGCCCUAUAGUGGGGAUGCUUUUGGGUUGUAGUACUUCGAGACAUCUGAAGGCAGCCCUGUUUAGGGAAGUUUUUAAUAUUUGAUGCUGUAUUGUUUUAACACUCGAUUGGGAGCUGCCCAGAGCGGCUGGGGAAACUCAGCCGGAUGGGCGGGGUAUAAAUAAUAAAUUAUUACUAUUAUUAUUAUUUGAGAGUGUGACAUUCUUGGUGCUUUUUUUCUAGGAAAAAAGUGCUGGUUCACCAACAAACAGGGGGGUAGGGCCAGCGCAUGCAGGAACAGCGUGGCCAGAUAUCAGGGCUGGGCAGUGAGGACAGGAUACCUGCUUGAUGUUUCCUUGCCUGCCCACCUGCCUAUUGGUGAAGAGGUCUCCCCUGCCUGGGAAACACUAACCAGGCUUGGGGAAGGAGGCACGAUGCUCUGACGAGGUCCAAGAGCCCUCCCACCUCAUCCCCCCCCCCCCAAAAAGGCAGUGGUCCUGAACACCAUUGCGUACUGCCUGAAAAAAAGCACUGGGUGUUGUGCUUUUGUAUACAGUGGUACCUUGGUUCUCAAACUUAAUCCGUUCCGGGAGUCCGUUCAACUCCCGAAAUCAUUCAAAAACCAAGGCACAGCUUUUGAUUGGCUGCAGGAGCUUCCUGUACUCAAGCUGAAGCCGCGUCGGAUAUUCGGCUUCCGAAAAACGUUUACAAACCGGAACACCUACUUCCGGGUUUGGGGCGUUCGGGAGCCGAUUUGUUCGGCAAAUAAGCCAUUCGAGAACCAAGGUAUGACUGUAUUCUGUUGGAAGCUGCCCAGAGUGGCGGAGGCAACCUAGUCAGGUGGGCGAGGUACAAAAAAAUAAAUUGUUGUCCACGGUGGGUGGGAGUAAUUAAACCUAGCGACCAUUCCCAAAGGUGGUUUUACUCGGAUUGAAAUUGAUGGCGCUAGCUUAGACAUGCGCACUAAUUUCACUGGGUCUGCUCUGAGUAUAACAGCCUGAAUAGCUCUGUUGGUUCUGUUCUUUAUGAUCUGAACACCCGCCCCAGAUUCCUAGAAUCAAAAGAACACCCUCAGGCAUCCCUGGGUCAGGAUUUACCUAGCAUGUGAUUGCUCACGAAGUAGCGAUCCAGUAUUUAAUGUUGUCCUGUUCCUGCUUUCUUCCUUUCUGCAUUGCAGAUGCCUCCAAGAAAUCGGAUUCGAAUCCCUUAACAGAGAUACUAAAGUGCCCUACCAAAGUGGUUCUGCUACGGGUGAGUCGUCCCCCACCCCCAGUCUUGUGGAUUAAGCCUCUGACUGGUAUUACAAUACAGUGGAACCUCUACUCACGACCACAAUCCGUUCCAGAGGCCUGUUACCUCCCACAGACGCUGUUAGACAGUUGAAUGCGCAUGCGUACUCUGACAGUUUUCCCCGCUCGCACCUCACUUCCGCUCAGCCCUGAGCACAGCAACCCACGCUAUGCCACUGGCCCCCUCUUCAAUUGGAUUUUUUUCUUUUUUGCAGAAUAUGGUCGGAGCUGGGGAGGUUGAUGAAGACCUGGAAGGCGAAACCAAGGAGGAAUGUGAAAAAUACGGCAAAGUGGGGAAGUGCGUCAUCUUUGAGGUAUUAGCUGGCACCAUUUCCCAUAGUUUCCUCGCCCGCCCCCCCCCCCCCCCGCCCCAGCAACAAAUAUAAGCAGUGCACAGAAACAAAAGCAAGAGAUACCUGACAGGGCUUACAACACAUUAAAAACACAAAAUGUUGGCAAGAAGGAAAUCUGUGGAGAUCCAAAGUUACCCCACCAUGAGCUGAAAAUCUGCAGAGUAAUUAUAUAGUUUACUUAUAUAAAUGCCACAAUUCUAUAAUUUCAUUGUACAUUGAUCAAAACCCAUAUAUUAUAUAGUUAAGAAAAUACUGGCAAAUUAUAUCACAGUUACCAAGAGGUUGUUGUUGUUGUUGUUUUACUAGAAUGCAAAAUAAAAGGCAUGCCAGUUUCUGUUGGAAAAACUGUUAUUUGUUUGCAUUCUUGAACCCAAGAGUAAUUAAUAACAGGUAAUUUUUGUGUAUGACCAUAAAAUCUGGAGACUGAUUUUCUCCCCCACGUGGUAUGGGAUGAAGCUAUAGACCAGUCUAAUUAAGAUUCACAUGGCUUUUCCUUGUAGAAUUUCAAUGCACAACUUUUCUGAGUUCAGCGUAUUUAAUCAAGGAAUGCGACAUCCUUCUUUCUGAACAGUUAAAAUUGUGCUUCACUUGUAUACACCUGCCUACAAUCUUCAACUGAAAACCUUGCCAUGACACAGCACACCAUUUGACCCAGGAGUUUGAGCGCGGACCCAAGCCACCUGAAGCCCUUCAGACCAGGGCAGCACGGACUGCUCUUUUCAGCAUCUGACGUGCGUCAUCCUGGCAGCCGCCAAACAAUCUGAUAUUGGUUCAUACAGUUGCUCCAGUUUUACAUAUCUAAUCCGAAGUGUGUCAAAAGUCAUCUGGCAGGCAACCUGAGUCGGUUGGAAUUUUGAGCUGACAAGAAUCCUUGGGGAUCACUUGCUCCGUGUCCCAGAAUGCAGACAGAGUUUGUUGUGUCUAAAUUGAGAGAGCCAGCGUGGUGUAGUGGUUAAGAGCGGUAGAUUUGUAAUCUGGUGAACCGGGUUCGCGUCCCCGCUCCUCCACAUGCAGCUGCUGGGUGACCUUGGGCCAGUCACACUUCUUUGAAGUCUCUCAGCCCCACUCACCCCACAGAGUGUUUGUUGUAGGGGAGGAAGGGGAAGGAGAUUGUUAGCCGCUUUGAGACUCCUUCGGGUAGUGAUAAAGCAUAAUAUCAAAUCCAAACUCCUCCUCUUCUUCUAAAUUAACGCCUGGCAAUCUUUCAUCCAGUCCCUCCAUUAAAAAAAUAAAAAUACAACAAAAACUCCCACCAAAAUCUAUCUAUUUAUUAAAUUUAUAUCCUGUCCUGAAUCUAAAGAGUUUGAGUCAGUCUGUGUUGUGUGUCUCCACCCCCCACCCCCAAAAUCCUUACAACAACCCUGUGAGGUUGGUUAGGGAGAGAGAUUGUGGCUACUAAAUAAUUCCUAAUCAUGAUUUUUCCCCCUCCGAACAUUCGUUGGAUUUAAGUAGUUACCUUUCAACUGCAUUUAUGUCAGCCCUUCGUCUUUUAUCUAGCUGAAGCAUGAGAUGUGGAUUUAUAUAUGAUUCUUCAAAAGUAGUAAUCCUUAGGAGAAAUCGGAGGUUACAGUAUUGCUAGGGCUAUUUUACUUUCUUUCACCUCUCUUUGCAAUUGUGUGUUUGUUUGUUUUACACAGAUUCCAGGGGCACCUGAUGAUGAAGCUGUGAGAAUAUUCCUAGAGUUCGAAAGAGUGGAAUCUGCAAUUAAAGGUAACAGUCUAAUAAUGACCAGUCCAGUACUUAGCUCCUUCUUUAAUAUUUACAUCAAUAUCCCACUAUUGCUUCAAGGGGCUCAAGGUGGCAUAUGUGAUUCCCUUCUCCAUUCCCCAUUUUAUCCUCACAACAACCUUGUAAGGUAGGCUAGGCAGGGAAACUGCAACUGCUCCAAGGUCACCUGGUGAGCCGAGGGGGGUUUGAAUCGUGGUCUCCCAGAUCAUAGUCCAACUUCUGGCCCUGAAGUCCGCGGAACAAUAUUCAGUUCCAUUUCUGGUUGUGGCAAUAUAGACUUAGUCUCUUGAGCCUGGACUGAUGCCCGGGGGGUAGACAUUAUUCUUUGUUGCUCCUUUACAUGAGGCGAAGUCACGUCUCAGUAUCUGUCAGCCUCAGUCAGCUUUGAAGCAGACACAGGAUUAAACACCCAAUAUUAGUCCAAUAUAUCUGAAGGAGCGUCUCCACCCACAUCGUUCUACCCGGACACUGAGGUCCAGCACCAAGGGCCUUCUGGCGGUUCCCUCACUGCGAGAAGCCAAGUUACAGGGAACCAGGCAGAGGGCCUUCUUGGUAGUGGCACCCGCCCUGUAGAACGCCCUCCCACCAGAUGUCAAAGAGAACAACAACUACCAGACUUUUAGAAGACAUCUGAAGGCAGCCCUGUUUAGGGAAGCUUUUAAUGUUUGGUGUAUUACAGUAUUUAAUAUUUUUUGGGAAGCUGCCUAGAGUGGCUGGGGAAGCCCAGCCAGAUGGGCGGGGUAUAAAUAAUAAAUUAUUGUUAUUGUUGUUGUUGUUGUUGUUAUCCCUCACUUACAAAUGUUAAAAGCAUCACAGGACCAUAGUUUAGAGGUCCCAGGCCCUAAGGAAGUCAGACUAUCCUCCACCAGGGCCAGGGCCUUUUCAGUAAUGGCUCCGACCUGGUGGAAUGCUCUGUCCCAUAAGACUAGGGCCCUUCAGGAUUUAACCUCCUUCCGUUGGGCCUGUAAGACAGAGCUAUUCCGCCUGGCCUUUAAUUUGAAUUCAGCCUGAUCUUUUAUUUCCCUUCUCUUCCCCCCUCCCCUUUUAUGAAGAUCACCCGCUCUGAGACCCCACAGCUAAUUCUCCCCUGGCCUCCUCACUGGCCCAAGUAGGACUAAUUCAGCCAGCUAGCCCUGGGGAUUAUCUAAUGCUUAUUAGAUGGAUUUCCCCUAAAUUGAUUUCUGAACAUUGAAUUUUAUUGUUAUUCAUGUUUUUAUACUGUAUUUUAUGCUGCUUUUACAAUUAAGUGUUUUAAAUUGGUUGUUAGCCCCCCUGAGCCCGGUUUUUGAACCUGGAAGGGCAGGGUAUAAAUAAAAAAUAAUGAUUAUUAUUAUUAUUAUUGCCCAGCUUGAACUGAAAUGAAAUGGAUGCCCUCGUUAGCGUAAUCUAGUGAACUUGACUUGGUUCUUCUCCCACUUUUUUGCCCAAUUUCUUAUAAGAAAGAAUGUUUCUCUGGCUGGCGAAUUGCUCUCUCGGUGUUUGAUGGGCAUUAAAAAUAUUAUUAUUAUUAUUCCAGCCGUUGUUGACCUGAAUGGAAGGUACUUUGGCGGACGAGUGGUGAAGGCAUGUUUCUACAACCUGGACAAAUUCCGAGUCUUGGACCUUGCGGAACAAGUCUGAUUUUCCUGCCCCCCACCCCCCCACCCGGAGGCCAAACAGGGAUGCAUCACGCCAGGAAUCUCAUGUUCUUCAACUCCAUCCUGGGAUUGCAGCAAGAGACAGCGUCGUUUAGAACAAACUGGAACUAAGUCCUUGAAUGGAUGUUUCUCGUUCGUUGUGUUGGACUGUUUAUAUUUUAUUGUGGUAGAAAAUUCCAUAAAGAUAAUUGCCCAUUUUUCUUUAAGAUCCAGCUGUUCUUUGUUUGGAGUGCUCUGAUGUCAGGAGUGCUCUGAUGGUGUUUUCUGCUUGGCAGGGGGUUGGACUCGAUGGCCCUUGUAGUCUCUUCCAACUCUAUGAUUCUAUGAUUCUAUGUUUGCCUCCUCAAGAAUCCUCCUGUAAUUUGCAGAUGGGGCAGUGUUUUGUGCCCCUGUCUUUCUGCUGAGUGGUACUACAUGAACGCGCCCUGCUGCCUGCAGGGGGUCUGUCCUUCCCUCGCAAGCUCUGGUCCCCUUUCGCUUCCACUUAAGCGGCAGACCACAGUUCACCCUUAACCAGACAAACCUUGCAUUACUUUUAAAGCUGAGAGUGAGAGAGAGAAUUGAAGCACAGAAAGGGAAGCAUGUGAGGUUCAUUUCAUACUAAACUGUGGUUUGGUGUUACGCCUGAACCAAGCAAGAUUAAUCAGGAAGUUGGAAACAGCGGAGUGGGAAAUGGGCCUAUUUCAGAACUGCUGCAUCUUAGAAUAAUAGAAUUGUAGAAUUGGAUGGGACCCUGAUGGUCAUCUAGUCCAACCCGCUGCAAUGCAGGAAUCCCGGC